GUUUUCAACAGGGUAACUGGACUCAUUCAUGGCUGUCCUCAUACUGACCACUGCCUUUGUGGCAUUGUUCCUGAGUGAGGGCCUGGUGCUUAAAGCAGAGGUUCCAUCGUACAUUGCAGCUGUUUAUGAACAUCACGUGAUUCUGAACCCUGACCCCCGAGUGCAGCUUGAGAGAGAAGCAGCGCUGGUGCACAUGAAUAAGAAUUUGGAUGUGUUUGAGGAGCAAGCUGCCUCAGCUGCCAAACAGGGUGCCCAGAUUAUAGUUUUUCCAGAAGAUGGCAUCCUUGGCUUUAACUUCACGAGAACAUCUAUUGUUGGAUACCUUGAGACAGUUCCAGACCCCAAGGUGGUUACCUGGAAUCCUUGCACAGAACCAGACAGAUUCCCAAACACAGAGGUCCUUCAGCGUCUAAGCUGUAUGGCUUUGAAGAACCAUCUCUUUCUAGUGGCCAACAUGCCUGAUCGCCAAGACUGUGACAACUUAACUGAUCCCCACUGUCCACCGGAUGGCCGUUACCAGUUCAACACAGACGUUGUAUUUAGUGACAAUGGAACCCUCAUAGCGCGAUAUCAUAAACAGAACCUUUAUUUCGAGGCUGCCUUUGAUACUCCCCCAGAGUGUGAACACAUCACUUUCACCACCCCGUUUGCAGGCAAAUUUGGGGUCUUCACUUGCUUUGACAUCCUAUUCUAUGAGCCUGUUUUAACCCUAGUGAAGGAUAUGGGUGUAAGGCAGCUUGUGUUCCCAACAGCAUGGAUGAACCAGCUCCCCCUAUUGGCUGCUGUUCAGUUUCAGAGAUCCUUCUCCUAUGCAACUGGGAUCACAUUGCUUGCAGCCAAUACACAGGCAAAAGAGCUGGGAAUGACUGGAAGCGGGAUAUAUACACCUUGGCAUGCUGUGUACCACCAUGACAAGGAGGGCAAGUCUGGGAAACUACUGGUGAGCAAAGUGCCAGUCUUAGAUCCCUCUAUGAUGGAGGAUGGAGGAGACAUCUCUAAGCUGAAGUUAGUGCCUUUCUCUGGGCACUCUAAGCACAGAAGUAGAUCAGACAAACUUCAUGCAGAUCCUAGCUGGUUUAUUGGUGAUUCACAGUUUGAUGUACAUGGACAGCAGAAACACAUGUCAGAACGUGGCCUGGCAGGAGACAUGCAAUGCAGUGAGAGAGUGCUUUCUGAGCCGCCCACAUUCAACUCCAUCAUGAUGUAUGAUAACUUCACAUUUGUACCUCUGCAAGGCGUUGAGGGGAACUUAAAGGUGUGUGACGGCUCACUCUGCUGCCACCUGUGGUUUCAGAGGUCUGGUCCUGAGGAAGAACUUUAUGCACUGGGGGCAUUCCAGGGGCUUCAUGUAGUCCAUGGCACAUACUACUUGGAGGUGUGUGCCUUAGUGAGGUGCACUGGCACAGAAUUUGGGAGUUGUGGAGGUGGGAUUGAGCAUGCUCAGACAGUGGUUGAUUUCAGGCUACAGGGAACCUUCAGCACACCCCAUAUCUACCCUGGUGUUCUGGGCAGUGAGAUGACACUUGACAGACCGGAUGAAUCUGGCUGGGAGAGCAAAAGUGAAUUCUACAUGACUCGAAAAGGAAUGGCCACUGGACUAGUGACAGCAGUGCUGUAUGGAAGAGUCUACGAGAAGGAUGAUGAGUAAACUUAUCUGGAAAAUAUUGCAUGUCAUUUUUGUUGGGGACAAAACAACAGAGAACUAAUAAAAUGGCUUACUGAUA